GUAAUUAUGAAGCUGACAUUAAUCUUUAUAAUUUUGUGCUUGGAUUUUAAUAUUUUUCUGGGUAAAUUACAUAUCAGGAUGGGAAGAAUGUUUGUUUCAGCUCCAUGCAGCAGCUAGACUUUGCAGUAACAAUCUCAGCAUUGCUUGGCGUACCUUUCCCAUAUGGAAGCAUUGGUUAUAUCAAUCCCGAAUUAUACGCUUUGGGAGCAGAUAGUUGGAGUUCUAAUGCCUCUCAAAAGCUGUCAGAAUCAGAUGUCUGGAUGCAUAAUUAUGCUAAUGCGCUGUGCAUAAAUUCUUGGCAGGUGAAGAGAUAUGUAGAUGCUUACUCAGCUUCAUCAGCAGUUGGAUUUUCUCGUGAUGACUUAUCACGAAUAGCAAACAUCUAUGCUGCAGCGGAGAAUCAUUGGUCACAUUCCACCAAAAAGCUUCUGCUUGAUAGACAAAAUGACAGCAAUACAUCAGUGUCUGCACUUAAGAAGCAAAUUGAAGCAUACUUCAAGUUCCUAACAGCAGUCACUGAAUUAGCUCGGUCUAAAUGGACUGAAUUUGAUUUGAAUAUGAUGGGAGUUGGCAUUGGAAUCAUGUUAAUAUCACUUAUAUUUCAAGUUUUUACCAUUUUAAGGACAACCAAGGAGCAUGAUGGGACAUUUUCAUCGUAUGGAGAUUCGUGGAUGGGCAAUGCCUCAAUUCUUACAAUCUUUUUACUGGGCAUUCGUGCAUUCAGUUUCCUUUCAAACAGUUAUAUCUUGGAGGAAGGGAAAGUAGCGAAUUUUCUUUUGAGCACAUCUGGAAUUGUGACAUUACGCCAAUCAGUUAACAUGGGAAAGCUGUUAAUAGAAAGCAUUGGGUUUCUUAUUUUGAGCACAUUUUGCCGUUUUGCAAUUGAAGUUGGGCUGUCCAAGCAGGCUGCCACAUCUGCUUUUAUGAAAGACUAUUCCUCAUGGAUCAUCAACAUAGCCUCAGGUUUACCUGUUUGGGACUAUGCAGCUGAAGUUGUCCCAAUACUUGUUCUGAUUAUGUUGGCAGCUUGGCUGUACAAGGCCACCAGUGGCUGCUUCUUUGAUUGGCCAUGGAAGUUUGUCAUACUGGGCACUAUAUUAAGUUAUAUGCUAAUAAUUGCUCAUUGGAUCACAGACAGUAAUAGAUUUGAUGGCGCAUUGAUACCUCAAAGCAUUGGAAGAACUUAUAUUCCUAGAAUCAUUUAUGCUAUUGCUUUGGGGCAGUUAUUUUUUCUGACAUUUGGUCAAUUAUUUAAGAAAAGCGAUUUAGAUUGCAAAACAAAUUUAGUUGCAAAAACAACAUCCAUGUUAUCUGCGUGGAGUUCAACUGUCAUUCUUCUCUCAGGAAAACAGGGUCCCAUUGUUGCUUUUGCGUCCAUGGUUGGAGGUUGUUUUAUUAUGAAGUUUGUUAAAAUAGAAGGUGGUAAGGAUGGACCUCAGAGAAGUUUUUCUAUAAUGCAAUGGAGCCUCUUUGCUACGUGUCUUUUCUUCUGUAGUGGUCACUGGUGUGCAUUUGAUGGUCUCCGCUACGGUGCUGCAUUUAUAGGGUUUGAAGAAUUUGUGCUUGUUCGCCAAGCAAUCCUCCUUACUAUUGAUACAUUUGGCUUUUCUAUCAUUCUUCCAGUUUUUGGACUCCCGUUUCUUGUAGCAAUCAAGUACCAGGCUAAUCUCGGAAGGCAUUUUGUUUUCACACAAUUGUCUCAAAUAUACACAACAUAUGGGCUCAUAACAGCAAUGACGACCACUUUCACGAUACUAUGUGUCACAAUCCAAAGGCGGCAUCUGAUGGUUUGGGGUUUGUUUGCUCCGAAGUUUGUUUUCGACGUGUUCAAUCUUAUUUUGACGGAUGCAUUAAUUUGUUUGGCCUCAAUUUACUAUUUUGAUGAAGGGAGGGAUGAUCCAGAACUGAAAUCACCAGUUCGCUGAAUAGCAUACGUAUACUAUCCAUUUACAUUUUUUGUUCAUGUUUCUCACAGUUUGAGUUUUUCCCGCUGAACGAAUUUUGUCCACUAAUUAUGUAAUAUAGAAAUAUUUGCAACUCAAAUUGAUUUUUUCUUACCCAAUCAAUCAAUGCAUGAUUUUUUGGU